UAGAGAACGAGAAAGAAGGAGGAAAGAGAGUGAGAGUGGAGGGGGGUGGUGCGCCUCAGUUGAAAAAGACCGCCACUUGCAUUAGAAACACGAGAGAGAAAGUGAGUGCUUUGUCGGCCGCCGUCUCUUUAAGGACCAGUGGCGGAGGCGACAACGGUAGCACCACUGCACCACACGUUCAUAUUGCUAUACUAGCACCGAUUCUGCUGUUAGCCCCUACCACUCUACUCUGUUAGAUACUACAAACUCGGCUCUUCUCUUAAUAAUACUAUAUAUAUAUAUAUAGAUAUAUAUGCUAAACUAAGAUCGUGCGAUAAACAAGUACCUCACUUUUGUAUUACCACAAAGACGCAUCGCACUACACCCAGCACCAGCAUCUUAACCACAACACUGCUUCUAUCAUUUAACCCCCUACUUCGUACCCUUGCCAGCCGCACACCCUUCUCUUUCUAUUCCUCUUUCUCUCGUCUUCUUUUUUCUUACCAUCUCUUACACACACACACACACACACACAUACACAACUGCCUAUCGCUUGUAUCUAUCGCUGAAAUCAAUCAAUCGAUUAAUCUAUCAUUCUCUCUUUACUUCACCCUCUCUCUGACUUAUCUUUCUUUUCGUCUAUAUCUAGUUUUCUCUCUCUCUCUCUACCGUUCAAACUAUCUUUCUAUCUAUAAGUUUGUUUAUCUCUCUCUUUCCGUCUAUUUGUCUAUCUAUCUAUUUGCCUUUAUUUUUCUGUCUACAUCUGUCUAUCCAUCUAUCUAGCUAUCGAUUGCUCUGUAUCGUCUCUCUCUCUCUCUCUCUAUCUAUCUAUUGAAAGAAAGAAGAUAAAGGCUAACCUCCACUACAGCUGGUUUAAUUUCACUCUCACCCUCCCCAUCUCCCUUUCAUUUUCCUUAAUACUUCUUACGCUUUCUUUCCCACACCCACUCCCUUCCUCACUAUUUCUUCUUUACUCCUACCACCACCACCACCACACCUCUCUCUCUCUACAUACACACACACACACACACACACACACACUCGGCGCCCUGACACCAAACUCUCAAAGACAUUUUUUGUUUUUCCAUUAUGACCAUAACUUCGUUUACCAUGGAUUUUCACCAAGAGAACAAAAAACACAGACGGAUGGUUUUCCACAAAAUGGAACAGCUUGUGAAGCAGAUGAGUGAUCCGAAUAAUGGCAUCCAAGUUCGCACACAAAAACAGUUCCUCACAACGAUUCCUAAAGCAUUCACAGGAAGUGAUCUUAUUGACUGGUUGAUGAAGAAACUUGAUAUCACAGAACUCAAUGAAGUCUAUCAUUUAGCCAGCCUCCUCUGUCACUAUGGAUAUAUUUUCCCAAUCACUGAUACAAAAUCGUUGAGUGUCAAAGAAGAUGGAUCCUUAUACCGCUUUCAGUGCCCUUAUUAUUGGCCUCAAAGUGAUAUGUCUGCAGACAAUGAAGCUUAUGGUAAGUUCUUCCUCUUAACUGAAAUUUUUUUAUUCUUUUACUGGUUUUAUCCAUUCACUGUGGCCAUGCUGGGGCAUGUCUUUUGAAGAGUUUUAGCCAAU